CGGUCGUGUAUUGUGAGCGAGUGCGUUCAGCGGGGGGAGCUGUGCUGUGGCGAGGGAUUGAUAUUUUUCCUCCUCUCUCCGAGGACAACAUCUGUUCGGAACUAAGUGUACAUGUAAAAGAGGGAUUAUCGGACGGGAUUUAAAGAUGUGUACUCCUUGCUGUUUAAAUCAGCUGGCCUGCUGCUGCGGCUCGGCUGCCUGCUCGCUGUGCUGCUCCUGCUGUCCCAAGAUCAAGCAGUCGACAGGGACGCGCUUCAUGUACGCCCUCUACUUCUUGCUGGUCACCGUCACCUGCGUAAUCAUGAUGUCGCCCACCGUAGAGAUACAAAUGCGCAAUAAUAUUCCAUAUUAUGAGGAGAUUUGUAAAAAGCUGAAUGCUGGAGAGAACUGCAGCACCCUGGUCGGCUACUCCGCCGUCUACAAAGUCUGCUUCGGCAUGGCGUGCUUCUUCUUCUUCUUCUCCAUGUUCACCAUCCGAAUCCGGAGCAGCACAGGAUGUCGGGCGGCCGUACACAACGGAUUCUGGUUUCUGAAGUUUUUGGCUUUGCUAGCCUGCUGUGCAGGAGGCUUCUUCAUACCUGGUGAAGAGAAGUUUCUCGAAGUGUGGCGUUAUGUAGGAGCUGCCGGUGGCUUCCUGUUCUUACUAAUCCAGCUCAUGCUCCUGGUUCAGUUUGCUCACAGAUGGAACCAGAACUGGAGUUCAGGUGUAGAUCACAACAAGCUGUGGUAUGCAGCGCUGGCCCUGGCCACGUUGGUGCUCUUCUCUGUGGCAGUGGGUGCUCUGGUCUUUAUGAUCAUGUACUACACACACUCUGAGGCCUGCUCCCUCAACAAGGUCUUCCUGGGGGUGAACUCGGGUUUAUGCAUCAUCGUCUCACUGCUGGCCAUUUCACCUUGCAUUCAGACAUUCCAGCCCACCUCAGGCCUGCUCCAGCCAGCAAUCAUCAGCGUCUACGUCAUGUACCUCACCUUCUCAGCACUGUCCAGCAAGCCCAUUGAAAUGGUGGAGCGUGAUGGAAAGAACACUACGGUCUGCGUCUUUCCUAUCUCUGGAUCAGAGGGGGGCAAAAAUAUAGCGACGGGUGUAGGGACGGCCAUUUUGUUCGGCUGCGUGCUGUACUCAUGUUUGACCUCCACCACAAAGAGAAGCUCAGCAGCAUUACGAGUGUACAGAAACUCCAUGCAAGAAAAUGAGAGAGCACGUUGCUGCUUCUGCUGCACUGACUUCACAGAUGAAAACGAUGAGGAGGAGAGGACUGCAGGGGGACAGAAUGUCUUUUAUGAUGAGAAAGAGGGCACUGUCUACAGCUAUGCCUACUUCCAUUUUGUCUUCUUCCUUGGCUCGCUCUACGUCAUGAUGACGGUCACAAACUGGUUCCAUUACGACAGUGCUAAGAUCGAGAGAUUGUUGGAAGGCAGCUGGUCAGUGUUCUGGAUCAAGAUGGCGUCUUGCUGGGUUUGUCUCUUCCUCUACAUGUGGACUCUGGUGGCCCCCAUGCUCUUCCCAAAGAGGUUUGAAGCAUAAAGGCAGUCUUUCCAAAUACGCAUCGCAUCUGUCCUACCACUAAAGCGCUCUGCUCGAGUUUAUAAAAGUCCCAUUUAAACGUUUUUACUUUGUAAGACAAAACUGCCUGAAACCUUAAAGACAGACCAAUGGAGAUUUGUUACAUGUUUGGGUUUUGAUGUUCUUUCGAUUAAUCAGGAGAACAUCGCAUUUUCUUUUUUUUUUUAAAGGAAAUAGAAACCAUGAGGGUAUGAAAGCAAAGCAUUGCUCAGGCUCUCUUCACUGUUACUGUCUUGUGGGUUACAUUUGCAUCUGUGCAUCUUUUGAUAGAUAAAGUAUUCUAUGCAAGUCAACCAAGAGCAUGUGUUUAAUUCCACCAUUUUCUAUCUGUCUUUUUUUUUUGUGUGUGUGUGUUCAUAUUGGUGUUUAUGUGCCAUUUACUAUUCACACCAAAAUGCUAAAUAGCUAUGAACAACAUGAUUUCUUAAGUCUAUUAUAUAUGUCUUAGCCUAAUAGAAUAAAAGUAAUUGUUUUGGAAAGCAAACAUUCCUGGAGCAUUCUCCCUUUAAGUUUAGGCUUGUGAACGGUAUAUUAUAGUAAUUCUACUCUGGCUUUGUGUGCUAAAAGGAAGAAAGCUGGGUGGUGAUCAUCGUCAUUCCAUUGCUUCAUUUCUUUUAGUACUUUAGCAUUACAUCCAAAAGUGCCUUGGAUGCUCUAAUUAUUUGACCGUGUUAGAGCCGAACUCAUGCUCAAGACUUGCAUGGAUUCCUCCCAGUGUCAAUAAGAUCCAUUUAUCACUACAUCACACGUGUUACACUACCGUGUAAAGUCGGUUUACACAAAAUGUUCCAAAUCUGUAAGCUUUCACACGUUCCAUUAGUCAGAAUGUUUUGUUAGUUUAAGCCUAUAGCCUCUGUAAAGGUCGUGCUUCUUGUGUUGCGUUUGCUUUAUCUGUGCGUGUUGGUCACUGGUCAGAAGGACGUGUGAAAAAAAAUAUUGAACUGGAUUUCUUUUUUUCUUUUUCUUUUUGUGUGUUUUUUAAAAAUUCUAAGAUAAUGACUUGUUAGACGCAUAGCAUAUUGGUUUGGAUUUGAACAUUAGCAUCGCCGCUAACAAUUAAAAGGAAGUAAAGAUGUGUUGCUUUUCUUAAACGCAGUGUGUCCGUACAGCUCAAAACGCAACACAGUCAACAAGGUACCACUACAUCAACACUGUAUUCCAUGUUAUCUCCUACUGUGGUUUAAGCGAAUGAGCCUGAAGAUCACAUGGACGUUAAACACUUAUUGACUUUGCUUUUUAUUAGUCUGUAAUUAAUCUAAAUUAGCAAUUCUUUCCUCUUAUAUUGUUAUCGAGGAAGUGCUGCGUCUGUGCCACGACCACUUAAUGAGCAGCUCUUUUUAACCGAGAGCGCGUUUUUAGGUUUUAGUUUUAAACCUCGUUACAAAUACGUCAAGAAACGUACAAUUCCUGAUGAACAUAAGAUAUAUGCAGACUUGCUUUAUUCUCUCUUUCUACGUGUAUAUCUGUGAAUUAUUUGGUGCUCUAUAUUGUCACAUUGUGUGUAGAUGCAACAGAAUAUGCUAAAGAUGAAGGCUAGAUCUUUUUGUAAAAAGGAAUCGGAUUUCUUUUAUUGUUGAAAGGGGACCACUUUACACGAUUUACAAUGCUGUAACUUCUCAUAUUCCUGUGUUUCUUACUAAUUUUUGCAUGGCUUUUUUCUUUUUUUCGAAAAACCUGUACAUAUUGUUUACAAAAAUAUCCAUACAAAAAGCUUCCUUUAAAAAAAAAAUAAUAAUAAAAAAAAAUGCCUUUU